CUUGGUAGUUGCCGAGUCCAGGGAAGUCACGAUGGAGACACAUUCGAGCAUCGCCGGAAGUGAAGAGAGAAAGAAAUCGAACGAGCAUGAGCGGCCCGAGGAUCCGCCUUCCGUCACCAGGGACAGCCCGAAGCCUAGCUCUCCGUCAGGAAAUCCGGAAGAAGACGGGGAAGGGGGGCUGGAGACGAACGUGAGGGCUCGCCGGAUCACGCAGUACUUCGCAGCGACGGCAGCCUGCCUCGGCGCGAUGUGUUCGGGCGCCGUCAUGGGCUUCUCCGCGCCGGCCGGUCCUCAGCUGAUCCAAAACGCGAACGACUCCUUGCACAACGACAGCAACGCCCUGAUGUUAACGAGACUCGAGUAUUCGUGGUUCUCGUCAUUGCCCAACCUUGCGGCAGCGGCGGUGGGGCCCCUCGCUGGCCUGGCCAUGAACAAGAUAGGCAGGCGCGGCACCAUGCUGGCGUCCGUGGUACCGUUUGUGGCAGGAUGGUUACUGAUCUGUCUAGCGGGGGAUCUGUGGAUGCUCCUGGUAGGUCGAUUAUUCACGGGAUUCACCAUGGGCACGAUGAGCGUCGUCUGCCCAACCUUCAUCGGGGAGUUCGCGACCCCGGACGUGAGGGGUCUCCUGGGGUCAGGAUUCCAACUCUUCGCCACUCUGGGGGUCCUUGGGGUCUAUGUUGUUGGCUCGGCAGUGGAGUGGCGUGUCUUGGCUGGGACGUGUGUAUCCGCCCCUCUCCUCUUCGGUUUGGCAACACUGUUCAUUCAGGAGUCACCGUCAUUUCUUCUACAGAAAGGCCGGGCUUCGCAGGCUGAAAAAUCACUCAGAUGGUACAGGGGAUCAGAUUACAACGUGAAAGCUGAACUCGAGACCACGAAAAAAAGUCUUCAGGAGCUGCAAGCAGGAGGCAAAGUGGGCCUAAGAGGCCUAGGGCGGCCCUGCAUUCUCCGUCCGCUCGUGGUAUCGCUGGGACUCAUGCUCUUCCAGCAACUCUGUGGCAUCAACGCUAUUCUCUUCAACGCCAACACGGUUUUCCAGGACAACGGUAGCAGGAUGGACCGGGACGCGAGCAGCGUGGUCGUGGCAGCAACGCAGGUGCUCGGGACUCUCUUGGCGUCCUUUGUGAUGGACCGCGCCGGCAGGAAGGUCCUUCUGCUCCUGUCCUCCGUGGUCAUGACCCUCGCCCUGGCGGCCCUAGGCGCUUAUUUUAUCCUAAAGGAGAAGGACGCCGACUUCGCCACGAGCACGCUGGGUUGGCUGCCUCUCGUCGGCCUCGUCACUUUCAUCGCGGCCUUUGCGCUGGCGUUCGGCCCCAUCCCGUGGCUCAUGAUGGGUGAAUUAUUUCCCCGCGACGCGCGUGAGAUUGCAGGGAGCUUGGCCAGUGCGUUCAACUGGUCCCUUUCUUUCUUAGUCACACUCACAUUCCUACCGCUUCAGGGAACCAUUGGAUCCGCAGCCGUAUACUGGAUAUUUGCUGGAGUGUGUAUAUUGUCUUUCAUCUUCUGUGUGUCUAUGGUCCCAGAGACAAAGGGGCGCACGUUGGAAGAGAUUGCACAAAUGUUCUCCGAUUCUGGCAAAGGCAGGGCACAAAACGCGGCUUGAGAGAGAGAGAGAGAGAGAGAGAGAGAGAGAGAGAGAGAGAGAGAGAGAGAGAGAGAGAGAGAGAGAGAGAGAGAGAGAGAGAGAGAGAGAGAGAGAAUGAGAGAGCAUUAAAUUGAUUAGUGCUUGCACUCAGGGCAACAAGAAUACGCAAGUUGCCUGCACUGGAUGCCAGUUCUGGACAAAAAUGAGAAUAUUAACAUCGUACACUACCUUACACGCUAUAUAUUGUGUAUUAUAAAACAAUAAAAUUUCUAAAAUAUU